CCACUGUCCCAGCAUUUGGAAGCAGGGAGAGCUGACCAAUCCAAGUAGGCUUUGUAUACAACAACCAGACAAUCACUGGUAAGGUACCAUACAUCGCCGUAGAGGGGUAGUCUUAUAUGGCGAGUAUAUCCCAAACUCUAUAUUUUAACUUUAAAAGUUGGGAGUCGUCUUAUACGCCGGAAAAUACGGUAUGUCUGUUUAGUUUUUAUUUAUUUUAUUCUCAUUGAUCUCAAGAACCAGAACUUUCUGCGUAUUUGUCUCUUCCUUUUUCCGUCUGUUGUUGUUUCUAUUAGCAGCCGCCAUUUCUCAUCGUCUCCUCUUCUUCCCUUCAGGUUCCUCCAACCCAGGAUCCUCUGCUGAUAUCUUCUAUAUAAGAGAAUUCUCCUGGAUGACCCAUCAACCAUGGAGAGAGACAGAAACAAGAUGGCCGACAGGAUAAUAAACCUCACCUUAGAGAUACUCUUCCGGCUUACUGGAGAGGUUUACACAGUAGUGAAGAAGUCCUCUAGUGGGCGGUGUCGGGCCCCUGUGUGUGAAGGAUGGGGAAGAACCCUGAACCCAAUCCCGGGGCCCCCACCUCACCCCCUGAUACAUGAGGAAAUGGAUGAACAGAAGAUCCUAGAACUGAUCAACAAGAUGAUGGAGCUGCUGACUGGAGAGGUUCCUAUAAGGUGUCAGGACGUGGCGGUGUAUUUCUCCAUGGAGGAGUGGGAGUAUGUAGAAGGACACAAGGAUCAGUACAAGGAUCAGGUGAUGAUGGAGGAUCAGCAGCCCCUCACAUCAGCAGUCAGAUCCAGUAAGAGAACAGCAGCAGAGAGGUGUCCCCGUCCUCUUCUUCCACAGGAUCAGGAUCAGGGUGAAGAGCUGAACAUUUUUAAUGCUCCAGAGACAGAUGUGAGCGGUGAUGAGCAGUAUAAGGAGAACAUUGCUUCUGGGAAAGAUCUGAACUAUGCUAAUACUAUAUACAUGAAGGAAGAAGAAGAGACAGAUGUGAGCGGUGAUGAGCAGUAUAUGGAGGACAUUGCUACAGGGAAAGAUCUGAACUAUAAUAAUGCUACAGACAUAAAGGAAGAAGAAGAGACAGAUGUCAGCGGUGAUGAACAGUAUAAGGAGGACAUUCCUACAAGAAAAGAUCUGAUCUAUAUUAAUGCUACAGAACUAAGGGAAGAAGAAGAGACAGAUGUGAGCAGUGAUGAGCAGUAUAAGGAGGACAUUCCUACAGGGAAAGAUCUGAUCUAUAUUAAUACUACAGACAUAAAGGAAGAAGAUGAGACAGAUGUCAGCAGUGAUGAGCAGUAUAAGGAGGACAUUCCUACAGGUAACCGUCCAGAUUCUUGUAGCAGGAGAUCAGAGGAGAAUCUUAUAUCUUCAGAUUAUAAAGCAGAUGAUGAUAUCACACAAGAUACAUAUGAAGAACAUUCCAUUAUCCCAGAUACACCCUCAGCCCUUCACAGCCAAGAUCUGUCAUCUCAUCCUGUAAUACAAGUCCGACCUAAAGAUUCAUCACAGCAAAAUAUGAGGAAGCCAUUUUCAUGUGCUGAAUGUGGGAAAUGUUUUAAUCAGAAAUCACGUCUUCUUCUACAUCAAAGAAUUCACACUGGAGAGAAGCCAUUUUUAUGUUUACAAUGUGGGAAGUGUUUUACUCAGAAACAAUCUCUUGUUAACCAUCAAAGAAUUCACACAGGUGAGAAUCCAUUUUCAUGCUCAGAAUGUGGGAAAUGUUUUAUUCAGAAAUCGCAUCUUGUUGGUCAUCAAAGAAUUCACACCGGAGAGAAACCAUAUUCUUGUUCAGAGUGUGGGAAAUGUUUUACUUGUAAAUUAUAUCUUGUUAAACAUCAAAUAACUCACACAGGAGAAAAGGCAUUUUCAUGUGCAGAAUGUGGGAAUUGUUUUUCUGACAAAUUACAUCUUCGUCAACAUAAAAAAAUUCACAUAGGAGAGAAGCCAUUUUCAUGUUCACAAUGUGGGAAAUGUUUUGCUGUAAAAUCACAACUAGUUAAGCAUCAAAAAAUUCACACAGGAGAAAAGCCAUUUUCAUGUUCGGAAUGUGGAAAAUGUUUCACUCAGAAAUCAACUCUUGUUAGACAUCAAAAAAUUCACACAGGAGAGAAGCCAUUUUCAUGUUUGGAAUGUGGAAUAUGUUUUACUCAGAAAUCAAUACUUAUCAGACAUACAAGAAUUCACACAGGAGAGAAGUCGUUUUCAUGUUCAGAAUGUGGGAAAUGUUUUACUGAGAAAUCAAUACUUAUCAGACAUACAAGAAUUCACACAGGAGAGAAGCCAUUUUCAUGUUCAGAAUGUGGGAAAUGUUUUACUGGGAAAUCAAAUCUUAUCAAACAUCUAAGAGUUCACAGAGGAGUGAAGAUAAUUCAGAGAAGGUUAAUAAUAAUGAGGAAAUGGAUAUCUGAUAAAAUCCCGAACCGAUCAGAAUGGUAUUCGGAGCUACAGAGGGUGAAAGGUUUUGAGAAGCACUCCCUGAUACAUGAGGAAAUGGAUGAACAGAAGAUCCUAGAACUGAUCAACAAGAUGAUGGAGCUGCUGACUGGAGAGGUUCCUAUAAGGUGUCAGGACGUGGCGGUCUAUUUCUCCAUGGAGGAGUGGGAGUAUGUAGAAGGACACAAGGAUCAGUACAAGGAUCAGGUGAUGAUGGAGGAUCAGCAGCCCCUCACAUCAGCAGUCAGAUCCAGUAAGAGAACAGCAGCAGAGAGGUGUCCCCGUCCUCUUCUUCCACAGGAUCAGGAUCAGGGUGAAGAGCUGAACAUUUUUAAUGCUCCAGAGACAGAUGUGAGCGGUGAUGAGCAGUAUAAGGAGAACAUUGCUUCUGGGAAAGAUCUGAACUAUGCUAAUACUAUAUACAUGAAGGAAGAAGAAGAGACAGAUGUGAGCGGUGAUGAGCAGUAUAUGGAGGACAUUGCUACAGGGAAAGAUCUGAACUAUAAUAAUGCUACAGACAUAAAGGAAGAAGAAGAGACAGAUGUCAGCGGUGAUGAACAGUAUAAGGAGGACAUUCCUACAAGAAAAGAUCUGAUCUAUAUUAAUGCUACAGAACUAAGGGAAGAAGAAGAGACAGAUGUGAGCAGUGAUGAGCAGUAUAAGGAGGACAUUCCUACAGGGAAAGAUCUGAUCUAUAUUAAUACUACAGACAUAAAGGAAGAAGAUGAGACAGAUGUCAGCAGUGAUGAGCAGUAUAAGGAGGACAUUCCUACAGGUAACCGUCCAGAUUCUUGUAGCAGGAGAUCAGAGGAGAAUCUUAUAUCUUCAGAUUAUAAAGCAGAUGAUGAUAUCACACAAGAUACAUAUGAAGAACAUUCCAUUAUCCCAGAUACACCCUCAGCCCUUCACAGCCAAGAUCUGUCAUCUCAUCCUGUAAUACAAGUCCGACCUAAAGAUUCAUCACAGCAAAAUAUGAGGAAGCCAUUUUCAUGUGCUGAAUGUGGGAAAUGUUUUAAUCAGAAAUCACGUCUUCUUCUACAUCAAAGAAUUCACACUGGAGAGAAGCCAUUUUUAUGUUUACAAUGUGGGAAGUGUUUUACUCAGAAACAAUCUCUUGUUAACCAUCAAAGAAUUCACACAGGUGAGAAUCCAUUUUCAUGCUCAGAAUGUGGGAAAUGUUUUAUUCAGAAAUCGCAUCUUGUUGGUCAUCAAAGAAUUCACACCGGAGAGAAACCAUAUUCUUGUUCAGAGUGUGGGAAAUGUUUUACUUGUAAAUUAUAUCUUGUUAAACAUCAAAUAACUCACACAGGAGAAAAGGCAUUUUCAUGUGCAGAAUGUGGGAAUUGUUUUUCUGACAAAUUACAUCUUCGUCAACAUAAAAAAAUUCACAUAGGAGAGAAGCCAUUUUCAUGUUCACAAUGUGGGAAAUGUUUUGCUGUAAAAUCACAACUAGUUAAGCAUCAAAAAAUUCACACAGGAGAAAAGCCAUUUUCAUGUUCGGAAUGUGGAAAAUGUUUCACUCAGAAAUCAACUCUUGUUAGACAUCAAAAAAUUCACACAGGAGAGAAGCCAUUUUCAUGUUUGGAAUGUGGAAUAUGUUUUACUCAGAAAUCAAUACUUAUCAGACAUACAAGAAUUCACACAGGAGAGAAGUCGUUUUCAUGUUCAGAAUGUGGGAAAUGUUUUACUGAGAAAUCAAUACUUAUCAGACAUACAAGAAUUCACACAGGAGAGAAGCCAUUUUCAUGUUCAGAAUGUGGGAAAUGUUUUACUGGGAAAUCAAAUCUUAUCAAACAUCUAAGAGUUCACAGAGGAGUGAAGAUAAUUCAGAGCAAAAAUUGAUGCAGAUAACACAUCUAUAUCUAUAUAUUAACACAUCUAUAUAUUAACCAUGACAUUCAUACAUAUAUCAUAUACUGCAUCUCCAAACUUGUUCCCAAUUGUUAAUAAAAGUUUUCUUUGCAGCAUGCUGAGACUGGCACUUUUUUGUUUGUUUAUCUUUUUUAAGCAAAAAUGCCAUAGUUUAACCCCUUAAGGACCAGGGAUUUUUCAGUUUUUGCACUUUCAUUUUUCUCUAUCGGCUCCAUUGGGGGACACAGACCAUGGGUAUAUGCUGCUGUCUCUAGGAGGUUCAACAUUAUGGCAACAAGAAAAGUCGUCUCCUCCCAGCAGGGUAUGCCCGCCCACAGGCACCGAGGUAAUCAGUUUUAGCUUAGUGUCUAAGGAGGUAGACACGGUCUGGAGUUCUCUCCAGACCAGGUCUCAUAUUUUUUAUUUUCCUAGGUUUAGGGACGUGUUAGUUUUUUUUAUUCCUUUAUCUUUCCUGUUUUCAGGUGGGGACUCAGGAACAUAGCGUUCACUGUUUCCCCAUUGCAAUUGAGGGGGCACAGGCAUCUUGGAUGUACUGUUAACCCCCUCUCGCCAACGGUCAGCGCCUGGGGUUGUACCUCAUGGGUCCGGGUCCCCCACCUUUCCCUGCUCGCCUCGCUUUUCAAGCCCGGCAUGAUGCAUGUGACAAAAUGCUGACUGAAGACUCCAUUAGGUAAGUUCUUCUGACAGAAGGUGAGUAUAAUUCCCCCUUUUCUUGCAGGUCCUAGGAUUCUUUAUCCUCUGGAGACCCCCUACUUCAGCCCACUCCUCUUUAUUGUUAUCUCCUGAAUUGUGGGGAACCCUUUCAGGCAAUGGGGGCUUAAAAUCUGUGGUGUAGGACUGUGCAAGUCUUUCCUUUUCUUCGGAGUCUAUUCAUUCAGACGCCGACACUACUUGGGCAGUAACUUUCAUUUUGGCAGCGGAACACUGCUGACUCCUCCUGCAUUCUCAGUGAGCGCGGACCCUAUCUCCGGCCAUAUCGCUCAUUGCGCCGGAACACAGCCCUGCUCUCCUGUCGGCAGCAGUUACUUUCAUUUCAGCAGCAGAGCACUGCCGACUCCUCCUGCGCUUUCCGUGAGCGCGGCCCCUAUCUCCGGCCAUAUCGCUCACUGCGCCGGAACACAGCCCUGCUCUCCUGUCGGCAGCGGCAUGCUGCCGUCUGUGUUUUUUCUUUAUGGGAGCGAGGACACCAUUAGAGCCCGGCCAUUUUCCUUCUCUGGCCGCAGGCCCUUGUCGGGCUUUAGCCCCGCCUACUCACAGCCGCGGGAAUCCUUCUCUCUCUCCUUCUCUGCAUGCGGCCAGUCCCUUUCUCUGCCAAUCAGCGCUAAGCGCGUGCAGAGGGUUUCUGAGGGCCAAUGAGUGGCGCCCUUUGGCUAGGCCGGUCUCUCUCUCUUCUCAUUGGCUAUGCUUUCUUCUCCCUCGCUAUCUCCCCUCAGCCGUGUAGCGCUCCUCACAGCCGCUACCUUAUUGGGGACACUUACAUUGAGUGAGCAGUUACUUUAAAAAUAAAAUAAAAUAAAAAAAAUACAUUUAAAUAAAUAAAUAUAUAAGAAUGGAUGUGUCUGAGCCCGGAACUGUCCCUCCUUCUGGACAGAUACCACGGGCCUGGUCACCUAUUGUUCUUGCAGGGGUUAGCAACUCUACCAUACUUGGCUCUGCUAAACCCACUUGUUCCGCCUGCACCACUGCUUCCCCUGCUAUUCUAUUUCUAUCAACUUGGCUCAGGUCUCCCGUUCUGUGGUGACAGCCUUGGAGAGCUCCGCCCUACGCCGGCCCUCCAGAGGGACCCGCUCUCCCCCUAUACUAACCGCUCUUGCAAGCGUCAUAAAGGUGUUUCAUCUGACUCACCUCGUUCCCAUUCACCUGGAGAACUUGUGGUUGGAGUUUCCGAUUGGAUACAUAUGACAUGGUGCACUCCUUGGUUUCGGCCAUAAGAGACACCUUCCAUCUAGAGGACCCAGGAACUUCGGACGUGGCUCCAGAAGUUUCCUUUCACAGAGGACAGCACGAUUGGAUACAUCUGAUGUGGUGUACUCAUUGGUUUUGGCCAUAAGAGACACCUUCCAGCAAAAGGACCCAGGAACUUCGGACGUGGUCCAGAAGUUUCCUCUCAUCAGGGUCUUCGGGCGUGGCUCCAGAAGUUUCCUUUCAUAGAGGACAGCAUGGAUAAUCCUGAUGUGGUGUAUUCAUUGGUUUCGGCCAUAAGAGACACCUUCCAGCUGAAGGACCCUGGAACUUCGGACGUGGUCCAGACGUUUCCUCUCAUCAUGCCCGACCUCUUCCAGGGCUGCCUCACCUCGUUCCCAUUCAACUGGAGAACUUGUGGAUGAGGUUUAUGAUUCGGCCUCCGACUCAUAGGAACGCACGGAUGCCUGAUGUGGUGUACUCAUUGGUUUCGGCCAUAAGACACACCUUCCAUCUAAAGGACCCAGGAACUUCAGACGUUGCUCCAGAAGUCUCCUUUCUUCGUGCCCGAUCGGCACCUAAGACUUUCAGCUCUCACGCUGAAUUUUACGCCCUGCUGACAUCCGCCUGGAGGCACCCUUUCAAGAAGGUUCAAGCGCGGUAUCCCUUCGCCAUAGACCUCAUUGCUCGGUGGACCUCCUUUCCAACUGUGGAUCUACCGGUCUCCCGCCUCUCUAAGGUGCCUACCCGGCUGUUGGCUGAUGCGGCUGCCUUUAAGGAUCCAGCGGACGGUGGACACUUUGGCAAACCUUGCCUUUGAGACAGCAGGUUCUUCCUGCUUUUGCUUCAGCCUGGGUGUCAAAGGCCCUUUCAGUAUGGUCUCCCAACUCCACCAGGGUAGUCUUCAAGAUCCCUCUAGAGGAUUUGUUUAAUCUAGCUCUCCGAUGCUCCGCAGCUGGAGAUUUUCUGUGUUCUGCUUCCAUGCGCAGCCACUGUGCUGCCUUUGCCACAAGCUACCUAGUAGCCACUGUCCCUCCAUAUGGCUUAAAGCCUGGAAUGUGGACGCCGCCUUUAGGAAGUGAGGCGACGGGCGGAGAAGAGUUCUUUAUUACCUCUGGACAAGGCUCACAGAACCGCUUUCCAUCGUAAGUCCUCCUUCUGGUUCUGCAGACCUUUGGUACCAUCAAGGGGUACCAACAAAGGCUCCAGCCAGGCGCUUUCACAGGAAGAGGGCUCCCUCCUUCCGGACCUAUCCGAGAGGUCGGCUAUCCUUUCCGGCCGUUUUGCGGCCCCAUCAGGCACCCGUAGGCCUUCCUCGGUCUGAAGGGUCGCCCCCACCCACCGACCUUUCUCGGGUGGUUGGCGCCUCUUACUCUUCUGGGACACCUAGACUACGCACAUUCAGGACUCCUAGGUCAGGGAUGUGGUAGUCAACGGAUACAGGAUCAAAUUUGCUUCUCUUCCUUGGGAUUGUCUUUUUCUUUCCUGGACCCUCCGGUUCCUCUCUCUAGCGAAAGCAGUUCGGGGAGCGCCCCAGCUCCUUUUUUACCCAGGGAGUUAUUGUCCCGGUUCCUUCAGGGUAAUGUUUUCGAGGUUUAUUCCAACCUCUUUGUGGUCCCCAAGAAAGGCGUUUCUGUUCGCCCACUCUUGGUUCUCGAGUAUUUCAGCCAGCAUCUUCUGACUUCCAUCCCGAAUGGAGUCUCUCCGUUCAGUGCUGGCGUCCAUGGUUCACGGGGAGUUUUCAUUCCUCAGUGGACAUCAAGGAUGGCUGCCUCCACAUCUCAUUGUUUCCCGGUCAUCAGCGGUAGCUCCGCUUUGCAGUUCCGGACGGUCAUUUCCUAUUUUGGCUCUCCAUUUCAGUCUGACCACUUCUCCACGGACCUUUCACAAAGUCCUUGCACCUGUGAUAGCCCCUUUUACGGACAAUGGUUGUUUCCGUGAUUCCUUACUUGGAUGACCUCCUGAUCAGAGCUCCAGCCAGGGCCCAGAUCCUUAAGAGUCUUAGUCUCAACCUCCAGACCUUGUCUCACUUCGGUUGGGUGUUCAAUCGGGACAAGUCCAACUGCUCUCCUGGGGCUCCAGUUCGACACGGCCUCUACCCGCUUUCGUUUUCCGCCGACCAGUCGGCUGACUCUCUUAUCAAGAGUCCGAUGACUUCGGCACCCUGAUCCAGUUUCCAUUCGCUUUUGCAUGGAUGUCCUGGAUCGGUUAAUGGCGGCCAUGGAGGCCGUGCCAUUUGCCCAGUUUCAUCACCGACCUCUUCAACUGGUGAUUCUCUUCUGGUGGGACAGGUCUCCAUUGUUUCUCGACCGCAAGAUCGUUCUCGGGGCCUUGGUCCCCCAAGAAGCCCUUUUACCCUUCAACAUGUUUGGGCCUAGGGCAAUUCUUUCUUGGCUUGUUUCUUGGGAAAUUCCCUUCGGGGCGGAACUCAAGUUCCGGCAUCUCAGUGAUCUUCAUUCCGGACGUUUCUGGGAUGUGGUCUUUCUCAGACGGUCCUCAGCCGUCCAAGGCAAGUGGUCCCUACAUCCGGAGGUGUUUGCAGUGACCUGCAACCUCUGGGGCGCUCCAGGCAUGGACCUCUGCACUUUCCGCCACAAUGAAACCGUUCCCUUCUAUUGUUCGGGCUUUGCCCUUCCUUAUGUUUCCUCCCCUUCCUCUCCUUUUGGGGUCCUGAGGCAUCUCACAGCAGAGGGCGUUCCCGCCAUUCUCAUGGCCCAGACUGGCCCCGGCGGGCAUGAUAUGUCGUCAUGGUCAGGCUCCUGAACGACUUACCGCUGCGCCUUCCCUAUCGUCCAGACCUCCUGUAUCAGGUCUCCUGGGCCACCUCUAUUUACUGUCUCUGCUUUUGAUGGCGUGGCCGUUGAGACAGCGGUUCUGAGGACCCGCGGUUUCUCUUCCCAAGUGGUUCGCACCAUGCUGAGGGCUCACAAGCCUUCCCCUGCAAAGAGUUACCACCAUACCUGGCGGUCUUAUUUCUGUUGGUGUGACACUCAGCCUUUUUCUUCGGUCGUGGUUGGCUUCAGCUCCCUUAGGGGUCAAAGGUUAGGCUGUUUCCAUUCUUUUCCAACGUUCUCUGGUGUUCAAUUAUCAUGUCCGAACAUAGUUCAGGGAGCGGCACAAGCUGCCCCUCCUUUUCAGUCUCCUUUUUUCCCUUGGGACUUGUACUGGGUCUUAGAUGCCCUGCAAGGCCCCCCUUUUGAACCUCUCAGGGACAUUUCUCUUUGCCUCCUUCCCCGGAAGGUGGCAUUCCUUAUUGCUCUUCCCUCUGUUAGGAGGGUGUCAGAGCUGGCAGCUCUCUCCUGCAAUUCUCCUUUCCUGGUUGUAUACCAGGACAAGUUGUUUUGUUUUCCAUCCAGGUCCGUCCUUCGUACCUGAUAUGGUUUUGACUUUUUCAUCUCAAUGAGGACAUCGUCCUUCCAUCCUUUUGUCCGGCCCCUUUUCACCCCUGGAAGCGUUUGUUCCACAACCUGUUGUGGUCGUUGGACAAGACAACCAUUUUGGGAGCUUACCGCUGCAAGGGGAAGAUCAACCCUUCAGGGUUUUGGCUCAUUCCAUCAGUUUUUCAGGGCAUCCUUGGCCUCUGCUACGUGGCUUCGGCCUUGCAGUUCUGUGAGGCGUCCAUGUGGGCGUCUUUGCACACUUUCUCAAGGUGCUACCAGAUUCAUGCCCUCGCAUCAGCUGAUUCUACUCUGGGCUGUAAGAUGUUGCAGGUGGUGAUGGUCCAACCGUAAACCUGUCUGAUUCCUUACCCACCCAAGGGACGGCUUUGGUACGUCCCAUGGUCUGUGUCCCCCAAUGGAGCCAAUAGAAAAAAGGAGAUUUUUAUGCUUACCGUAAAAUCUCUUUCUCGAAAGAUCCAUUGGGGGACACAGCUCCCACCCUGUUCUGGUGUUUCUAUUUCAGUCAUCUGUCCGAGGGUGUGUUCAGUUACCUUUUCUUCUGGUUGCUCGGACAGUCUGUGGUUUUUCUCUGGACCUGUCGGUCUUCUCCUAUUGCUACUGGGAGGAGCCGACUUUUCUUGUUGCCAUAGUGUCGAGCCUCCUAGAGACAGCAGCAUAUACCCAUGGUCUGUGUCCCCCAAUGGAUCCUUCGAGAAAGAGAUUUUACGGUAAGCAUAAAAAUCUCCUUUUUCCACCUUACCUUUAAAAAAUCAUAACUCGUUCAAUUUUGCACCUAAAAAUCCAUAUUAUGGCUUAUUUUUUGCGCCACCAAUUCUACUUUGUAAUGACAUCAGUCAUUUUACCCAAAAAUCUACGACGAAACGGAGAAAAAAAUCAUUGUGAGACAAAAUUAAAGCAAAAACACAAUUUUGUACCUUUUGGGGGCUUCCGUUUCUACACAUUACCCUACUUAUAUAGGUUUGAUUUUGCCGUACUUCUGGGGAAAAAAUCAAAACUACAUGCAGGAAAAUUUAUACGUUUAAAAUUGUCAUCUUCUGACCCCUAUAACUUUUUUAUUUUUACGUGUAUGGGACGGUAUGAGGGCUCAUUUUGUGUACCAUGAUCUAAAGUUAAUUUAUUUAUUUUUUCCUUUUUUUUCUUUUCUUUAAAAGAACAAAGAAUACAAUACAUUUCUAUCCAAUACAUAAAUAUACAUUAUUUUAAACCCUUCAGAUAGAGGUGGUUAGAACAGGUAUCAGUUUCGAGUUCGAGCCGGGGGUUUUCUUGUUUGGUUGAAUUGUUUAAUUCCUAAAUUACCGAUGAUAAAAAAGAAGCUUAUUUCAAAUGUAUUAAUUAUAGGAAGGUUAAUAAUAAUGAGGAAAUGGAUAUCUGAUAAAAUCCCGAACCGAUCAGAAUGGUAUUCGGAGCUACAGAGGGUGAAAGGUUUUGAGAAGGUAAAGAGUAAAAAAUUAGGAAAAAUGCCCGCUAUAUGGAAGAAAA